AUGCCCCGCUUUCACUUAGCAGAUAGCGACCUCGGAAAUUCGGGUACCAAUACUACUUUCAACGCAUUUACCGACACCAAAAUGGGCACGUUAUAUCACUCCACAGCACGGCUGGAGUCAUUCUUACUCAAGCUGAGGACUCUCGAAUUGGACUUGGACGGGAUGAGGAGUAUCCGAACUCUGGGAAGUCGAGGGAAGGUGGAUAUCGAUAAACAGUCGAACAUUUCCCUGAAGAUUAGAAGGAUGGAUUUUGGAGGCCGGGAGGGUGUAGAACUGGGUUUAGGUUGCCGCGCAUGCACAGGAGGAGCGCGGGGCAAUUACCGCUGCCAAGACUGCUUCAUUGAAAUAUUCUGCACUACACUCCCGGGUACUUACACUCCCUCAGCUCAGCAUCUGGUUCUCGCUAUCCUCUUCCCAUCGCGAUUGACACCCCCAGCGGCAUCCGACCCACCUUAUAUACCUCUGACAGUUGCCUUCCCCGCCAGACUCCGCCGUUCCACCGGUAUAUACGUUGCAUACCGCCCAUCGCGUCGGUCCAGGGACAUUUCUUAUCCCUUCUCUCAAGGUCGCAAGUGCCCGAUCUAUGACGAUUGCGGUGUGCAAGGCUUGCGGGAAAUGACGUCCGCUGGAUUUGCUCAGGCUGUUAUCCUAAUGCCAAAACAUUUGCCAAACAAGGACGGGGGAUGGGGCGUGAUGGGCUGUGCACUCGAAGCAAUGCACAGAAAUGAUUGGAAGCCUGGCAAUCUACGUCCUCUAGUUCGGAUUCAAGACGAGGACGAGAGAGCGAGGUGGCGUCGAGGUUGUACCAGGACAAGGAAGCAGAAGCAAAAGGAAGUGACGAGGGAGGUCUUGUCGGUGGAGAAGGAACACAAGAAGGAGUAGUACCAAUCAAAUGAGGAAAGGCCAAGCACGAGCGCCAAUAUCGCCAAUCACCCUUGAGCCCUACAGAUGACUUCGUAAAAACUGUCCUUAAAGUCUCUGAUUCUCAGAAAUGAAGAUUCGACAACCUUAUCUUUGAUUCAUGAUUCCGUACCGACUCCACCAGUACCAUUGUCACUCUUGAGGCGAAGGCAGAAUCACCUGGCUCCACAUCGGAUUUAUUGAGUCCAGAGACAGAGAGCCUGGCCUUCAAUUUUCCGCCGACGGCAGGCUUAUCGCACGUACCCAUCUCUGGCACACGUCCGUGCCCUCCUUUUCCCAAGCAAGGACAGCCAAAAAAUCACACUCAGCGUCACCUAGUCAAACUGGCGAGAGUACACUACCGCAACGUCUCGACGAUGACCACUACGCUCGAAGCUCCCCGACAACCUUCACUACCAAAA